AUGACCGAUUCAGACACCCUUUACGCGGUAAGAAGGGCUCUCCAGGCGGCCAGAAUCGAAGCCCGGGAUACGGUGUACUCUAUGAACAGGACCUCUCUCGCCAAAAGCUGGAGUGGCGCUACUCUGUUCCAGUAUAACGUGAGUGACAGUAUUGAGACAGAGCAUGCUUCUCUGGACCUAGAUGCUGGCAUCGAGAUUGUCUGCACUACUUGUUAUGUCAAUGGCUCGGUCAUUGGUGACUUGACCCUUACCGGCGACUUCAACUUCACAGCAGCAGUUGAUGGUGUUGAGGAUGAAGUCGUUAAUGUCACCACCACGGCGAUCGACACGCUGGAGGACUACGUUGAAAAGGUGGCCAAAGACAUUGCCACACUUGAUUUCGAUGAAAUUCCAGCUUUCCCGACUCUUGAUCUUGACUUCAAUUUGGAUGAUAUCACCGGUCUCCCCGGUGCUCAUGUGCAUUUCGAAUUCGACAACUUGGAGCUGUAUCUCGACCUUGAUGUCAAAUUGUCGGCAGGAGCCACUUACACUUUGAACCUGUACACCUCUGAGACCGCUGCAGGGUUCUCUGUCCCGGAACUCCAGGCAGGGGCUUUGUUCAUUGUUGACUUGAUUCUUAUCGUGGAGGCUGAUAUCGAAGUGGGAACUGGAAUCCAUAUCAAACUUGAUGACGGGCUCGCAUUUGAUCUAGAAAUGUUCAGCAAGAACGUGUCCAGCAUCACACUCCCGGGUGGGAAAUACGAAUUUCUGCCAGUUACCGUGGCAGGCGAAGGGUCCCUGGAGGCGAUUCUUAGCCUGAAAGCGAGCGUCGGACUGGAUAUAUCGGUCAAAAGCGACGAAAUUUCUGUGCUCGAUGAAGCUCUAGACUUCAGUUCAGGAAUCUCGGCAGAUAUCUUUGCCUACGUCGCCGAUUUUCUGCUCGAGGUCAAUGGCUCCUCGGCCGUCGACAGCGGCGACUGUGAAUUUACUGCCUUUGCAGAUUAUACCUUUGCUGUCGGAGCGGCAGCUGGAGCGACGGUCGCUCUUGAGACAUAUUCUUGGGGCCCGUCGCCUGAAACCACAGUUCCUGUCUGGUACACCACCCUGGCGAGUACUUGCUUGGAGACCAAGACUGCAUCGAAAACUGCGUCCGCGUCCACUACACCACAGGCAAAGCUAGUUCGCCGAACAGAUAUGACCACGACGACCGUGUCGACGAAGGUUGGCUAUACGGUCGUCAACUGUCUCUCCUCGGGCCUAGUUAACUGCCCUGUCAACCUCCAGAACACUAGUUCAUAUCAAACCACCCUGACGUCCGUCCUAACGGUCCCCUCCGGAUCAUCGGCAACCUUCCCUGCAAGCACCUUCGCCUCCGUCACCAGUGCUAUCCCCUUCGGAUCGAAUGUGCACAAGCUAGCUGCCAUGUCUGGCGUGCCAACAUCUUAUGUCCCCCCGGCGACUAGCACAGGCACAAGCACAGGCACUAGUACAGGCACCGGCUCUGCCUCGGGUACAGGAGGUAGCGUGGAGAACAUCCUCGACGGCAAGACGGAUGGGACUAGCAACAAGCUCAUCAUCGGGUUGAGUGUUGGUCUGGGGGUCCCUUUCCUUGCAGCUCUUGCUAUCGGAUCCGGGUAA